GACGGGUUCCUCACAUGCCGGCCAGUUCUACUCGCUGCGCUCACAAUCACAUGUACCACCCACUCAAACUCAAAAUCCUUAUCUACUAAUUCUCUCAGACUCGCGUGACAAGCUCUUCACGAUGCGUGACUUUGCCUAGCUCCUCCCUUUUUCCACCUCCCCGUCACUACUGCUAAAUGUAUGAGUCUGGCUAUGCCCGAGCCUAUGCUGGAAGGACCUUACGGAGAGCCUAUCGUGCAGCCUUUGGGAGAGACCCUCCCCCGAACGAGUAUGAUGACCAAUUCCUACUUUGGAUAGACAUCUGUUCCGCCGUUGGGGUGGAUCAUCACCUCGUCAAGACCAUAAAAAGGUACCUUCCUGCCUUGGGUGAUAUUGACCCUUGGUGGGAAGAUAUCCUCCUCCUUGACAUGUCACGGACUUUGCAACACAUCAGUAACUCUCUCUUUGGAGCUUCUAUUAACAUGUAUCACCUUUACAGGACAGGACAUUCUCGAAAACGAUUCAUGUCAUCGAUUUUUUGUUGGGUCUCCAGAGGGAGGCCGAACUCCCAGAGCCAUACAGGGAAAUCCCAACAGAGAAUUCAAAUGCCAUAUUACACCGACGUGAACAGCUCGUCACUGCCAUCUUCCAUACCUUGCUGUCAUUCGUCGAAUUCAACGUCGCCCCCGAGCACAAGACGCCGGCGAACAAACUCGAGCUUUCAAAGGACACAACCAAAUGCUCGAGAUACCUCCGCUAUUCCAUGCAUCCCAUACAUUCCAUGCAGCCACUCCGUUUCGAUUUUGUUGUACAGAUUUUGCGUGGCGGAGUUCCUGAUUCUCUAGUAUUGGCAGUUCCGGAUGUCUUGAUAUCGAUCAGCUGGAAGCGUGGUUCCAAACUCGAGUCUACGGAUCAAGCGGCGAGCCAAGUUGUUUCAUGGGCCUUCAACUUUGCUUACUUUCUUGACGAACAUGUAGUAUUCCCUCCGAG